CAACGCCUCGUCGGAUCCUGGCACUUGCAUACUCGCAACGAAGCCCGUCGGCCGGCAGGAGUCGCCCCAUGGAUGAUGGGACCGGCCUCUACGAAUAUAUCGGCAAACCCACGAGCUUCACUCAUCCCUUUUUACCAUUCAUCAACCAACAAUACUGCAGUUCGUACAGUAGCACUCAUCAUGACUGCUACGACCGCGCCGCAAGUGCCUUCUGUAAUCACCACCAGCCUUCUCGUCGUCACUGCAUUAUUUCCAGCUCUCAGUUUACUCAGUGUUGUUCUGAGAUGGGCUUCACGACGGAACGUGAAGAGUGGGUGGCAGAGUGAUGAUUGGGCCAUCCUAGCUACAUGGGCAAUUACUUUUGCCGUUUCCAUUGACAUUUGGGCUCUCGCCCCUCAUAUUGGCGUCAACUAUGCCACUCACCCGAUUAGACCGUCAACCGUAUCUUCGGCCAAAUGUGUAUGGAGCGUGACGGUGUUGACAAAUGUGGCUCUCGCCGUUGUCAAGAUAUCUUUCCUGCUUUUUUACAAACGAAUAUUUGUUACACCGAAUUUCAUCAUUGUGUGUUGGUUUUCUAUCGCUUGCGUUAGCUGUUGGGGAAUCAUCACCAGCGUUCUGUAUAUCGUACAGGCCGACCCCAUUUCAUCAGCCUGGACUGGAUUUGGUACCUUUCGAUAUGAUCCCGUAGCUUUGAGCAAGGCGUGCGUAGCGGGCUCCCUCGCUUUAGACAUCACCAUUCUUCUGUUGCCCACGGGAAAAAUCAUGCGUCUUCAAAUGUCGCCGAGAAAGAAGAUGACAGUUGCGCUUAUCUUCGCUUUGGGGGGAUUCUGUUGCAUAGCAGCAGCGGUUCGUCUCUCAUUAGUAUUUGAAGCAAUCGCUGAAAGCGUGGCUUCCAAGGAGAAUGGCUUUGUGGGCAUCGCUCGUACAAGUCGUGUCGUUAUAUGGGGUGUCAUCGAACCAAACUGUAGCAUCAUAGCCGCCAGUCUUCCGUGCUACAGACCUCUCUUUCACGGUAGUAAAUCGCAGCGGAGCACCACAUCCAAUGUAUACCUCCAGGGUACAGGAAAUGGGAUUUCACCCUCAAAGACGAGCCCGAAAGCGAUGACCGAAAGCGAAAUAGAGCUAAGGGAUCUGAGUAGUGCCAUCGAAAGCAAUAGUCUGUCGAUGGAUGGGUGGGAGGAGAACCGCAACGAAACUUAUGGGCGACAGGUCAACCGCACUGCCACACAGACGACCAGAGAUUUUCCCUAACUCGCCACAGUUAUCUCCCAAUAAUAUUGUUUUGUGAUCAUCAUUUAAAAGUCCGCUUCCUUGUGCACCGCUUCGCUUUUUGGUUUGUCAUUGGCAUGAAUCUUCCUUGCACAUCGUCUGCGACGUUGCUACUGCUAUGAGGCCUAGAUAAAUUCUCUCGCAAAAUUUCAAUAGUGUUCGAAAUACCUCAAACAUAUGUGGGGGAAAUGUGUUACAUGUCGGAAACGUAUCAACCUUCUGUUCUGCGACAAGCCUUCGCAACUCAUGUUAGCCUAAUUAUUCCACUUGUGGAACUCUCAAUUUAUUUUCACGCGUCCAGAUAGCUUCGAUUCAGGGUCAGCAGAGGGCUAUCAAUCGACGUGAAAGUUGGCUGCGGCAUGGAUUACAAGUAUUGCCCUGGCACCAAGCCGGGAUAUGCUGUUCUUAUCUAAUGAUAGAGCAUGUGAAAUUUUACACGAAGAUCCAUUGCUGCAACGUGAUAAGAAUCACUGGUGGUCGACAGUCUGAAAUCCCUAUACUCUCUCUUCGCAGCCAUUAAUAAUCUUACCGAAUGUGGCUCACCUCUACUGAUCAGCUUGAGCAUGAAGAUAGUUCUGCCGUCCGUGCAUGUGGGAUAUCGCAUGACAUAUGCAGUCAGCUGCAACUAUCCUGAGUGUAACGGAAGGGUCUGGGGAGUUAUCUGCUUCAUCGUCUACUGCAUUGAUUGUGCCUCGUUGUCUUCC